AUGGAGCUGCUACUGGUACUUCUCCUCACAGUUGGCCUGGCCAACUCGGAAACCCUCAAGAUAAUCUUCUGGAUUGAGCCUGUCCAGCGGACUGAGUUCGAUGCGGAUAUGGUGGUGGUUCUCAAGGAACUCGAUGCACUGCGUCUGGACGUUAAAGUGGCCGAUACAUCCUUGACCCUGACGCGUUCGGAAGAUGGCUUGGACAUGGAGCGAUUCUGCGAAAUCCUGUCUACUGUCGGCACUAGUGCCGUCAUCGAUCUCACAUACCGCCACUGGGAGGAAGGAUAUAACCUGGUCCGGUCCCUGGGGAUAGGCUAUGUGCGUCUGGAGCGGAUCAUGCGCCCAUUUUUGGACAUGUUCGGGGAUUUCAUGCGCCAGAAGAGGGCCAACAACGUGGCCAUGGUUUUCAUGAAUGCCCGCGACGCCGGCGAGGCGAUGCAGCAGAUGCUGAUUGGCUAUCCCUUCCGCACGCUCAUCCUGGACGCCAGCCAGACCGAUCCUGGUCAGAAUUUCCUGGAGCGCAUCCGCGCCCUGCGCCCGGCGCCCACUUAUGUGGCUUUGUUUGCGCGAGCAGCCGCCAUGAACGGAAUUUUUGACAAGGUGCAAAAGGCUGGACUGUUCCAGCGUCCCUUGGAGUGGCACUUCGUGUUCCUGGACACUCGGGAUCGGGUAUUCAAGUACAGGCGCCAAGCGGAGCUGUGCACCCGGUUCACAUUGAGCCCUCGUGCGAUUUGCCGAUCAAUGCCCAUGCCGGAUCUUUAUUGCGGAAGUGGAUUCACGAUGCAGCGCGCCAUGCUGCUGAAUGUGCUGCGCAGCCUGAUAAACGCUGCGCAGGUGAGUCCUGUGUAUCCGAGUCCCAUCUACCAGGACUGCAACGCCACUGCCCUGUCCUCCUCCUCGGAGGUGGGGGAGCAGAUGGAAGAGGACCACAACUGGCUGGACAUGGUGCACUGGAGCAACUUUCUCACGUAUGCCUCGCCGAUGCUGCGCUUCCAGGACUCAUCCCAGAGUCCUGUGCCGGGUCUGAGUUUCGCUGUGAACAUAUCCGUCGGAUACUACAGCUCCGAACACGAGGCCAAAACGGAUCUGGCCGCCUGGUCGUCGGUGAUGGGUGAGAUGCGGCUGCUCAACGAGACCAUCAGUCCGGCCCGCCGGUUCUUCCGGAUCGGCACCGCCGAGAGCGUCCCCUGGAGCUAUCUGCGCCGGAACGAGCACACCGGCGAACUGAUACGGGACCGCAGUGGUGCGCCCAUUUGGGAGGGCUACUGCGUCGACUUCAUCAUCCGGCUGUCGCAGAAGCUGAACUUCGAGUUCGAGAUCGUGGCCCCGGAGGUGGGUCACAUGGGCGAGGUGAACGAGCGGGGCGAGUGGGAUGGCGUGGUGGGGGAUCUGGUCCGGGGCGAGACGGACUUCGCCAUUGCCGCCCUCAAGAUGUACUCGGAGCGGGAGGAGGUGAUCGACUUCCUGCCACCGUACUACGAGCAGACGGGCAUAUCGAUUGCGAUCCGGAAGCCGGUGCGCAAGACCUCGUUGUUCAAGUUCAUGACGGUGCUCCGUCUGGAGGUCUGGCUGAGCAUCGUGGCCGCCCUGGUGGGCACGGCCAUCAUGAUCUGGUUCAUGGACAAGUACUCGCCGUACAGUUCCCGCAACAAUCGACAGGCCUAUCCGUACGCCUGCCGGGAGUUCACUCUGCGGGAGAGCUUCUGGUUCGCCCUCACCUCGUUCACUCCGCAGGGCGGCGGCGAGGCACCGAAGGCCAUUUCCGGACGGAUGCUGGUGGCCGCCUACUGGCUGUUCGUGGUCCUCAUGCUGGCCACCUUCACGGCCAAUUUGGCCGCCUUCCUCACCGUGGAACGCAUGCAGACGCCGGUCCAGUCACUGGAGCAACUGGCUCGCCAGUCCAGGAUCAACUACACCGUGGUGAAGAACUCCGACACGCACCAGUACUUUAUGAACAUGAAAUUCGCCGAGGACACACUGUACCAGAUGUGGAAGGAGCUGGCCCUGAAUGCCAGCAAGGACUUCAAGAAGUUCCGCAUCUGGGACUAUCCGAUCAAGGAGCAGUACGGCCACAUCCUGCUGGCCAUCAACAGCUCCCUGCCGGUGGCGGAUGCGCGGGAGGGGUUCGCCAAUGUGGAUGCCCACGAGAACGCCGACUACGCCUUCAUCCACGACUCGGCGGAGAUCAGGUACGAGAUCACGAGGAACUGCAACCUGACGGAGGUGGGCGAGGUAUUUGCGGAGCAGCCGUAUGCCGUGGCCGUCCAGCAGGGCAGUCACCUGGGCGACGAGCUGAGCUAUGCCAUUUUGGAGCUGCAGAAGGAUCGGUUCUUCGAGGAGCUGAAGGGUAAGUACUGGAACCAAUCGAAUCUGCGCAACUGCCCGCUCUCGGAGGACCAGGAGGGCAUCACCCUGGAAAGUCUGGGCGGGGUGUUCAUAGCCACUCUUUUCGGCCUCGUCCUGGCCAUGAUGACCCUCGGCAUGGAGGUGAUGUACUACAAGAAGAAGCAGAACACAUUGGAAAUCACCCAGGUUCGCCCACUGGAUGAGUCGUCGGGGGAAUCCUCGACAGCGCCGCCCACCGCCACCAGCACCACGAAGCAGGCCUGGCACAUCCCAGUGCCGGAGGAGGAGGGAAAGCAGGAGAAGGUAUCGCCGCCGCCCUCUUUCGAGGCGGCCACCUUUCGGGGCAAGAAACUGCCCGCCAGGAUCACCCUGGGCGAUGGCAAGUUCAAGCCGCGCCAAGGACUCUACUCCCGAAAGAACCUCGGCGCCUCCGACUCCUAUGGUGGCUACAUGGAGUAG